AUGAGGCGAAGAACUGCAGCUCUCAUGGCUACCAUGGUGCGGAUCGUGAUCGCAAGUAUUCUUCUUCAACAAUAUUGGAGGUGUAAGGGCUGCGAAUUUUCCAGGGGCUUCCACAUGAAGCCCGGAAGUAGGCCGUGGAAUUCCUGCAGUGGCUUCUUCAGCUUCGGGUUUCUCCCUGCUAGCUAUUCCUGCAAGUAUUAUUUGGCAAUCUGGGACGAGAUGAGUCCGGGGGUUCGGAACACCAUCUGGGUCGCCAAGAGAGGCUCCAAGGUCGCGAUGGUCGGCAAAAACGCCACCCUGCGGUUCGAAGUUUCCGGCAACCUCCGGCUGACGGACGGCAACGGCGCCACCGUCUGGGAGACCAACACUAGCAAUUCGGGAGCGAUUUUUGGCAGGUUGAGCGAUUGGGGCAACCUCGUUGUCUACGCCAUGUGGGACGUCACGCCCUGGCCCUGGGAGAGCUUCGGCCACCCCACCGUCGCCCUGCAGUUCAGUCAAAAGCUGACCGAGAAAGCAGAGCUCACCACCGUCCCGAACGCCCUCGGCAACUACCACAGGCUAGCCUUCGUCCGGAGCGGCUGCACCGUCCGCCUCGCCCUCACUUACGUCCGCGCCAAAGCCUCCAACUUCACCUACUGGUGGGGACCCGCCCUAGAGAGCUGCCGCGGCGGUAGCGCGUCCACCUUCUUGACUACCGGCGGCAGCUUCGUGAUGACGUGCGGAGGAGCAGCCGGCGCAGUUACCUACAUCUUCCGGAGCCGAAUGGACUUUGAGACGCCCGGCCAGAAGUUCGGAGAAACCCUGCAACUCAAGCUCGAGGACGACGGAAGGCUCGUACUUUCUCGCUUUGACGUCAGCUCUCGGCUGUGGGUGCGCGAGUGGGCGACGGGUUCGACCCCGUGCGCGGCCCCCGGAGUUUGCGGCAACGGGAUAUGCAGCCUACACGCCGGGCAAAAGAAGGGCCAAUGCAGCUGCCCGCCAGGGUACUCGCUGGCCGCCGACGGCGACUGCAGGAGAAACGUAACGGUCGAAGCCGGCUGCCGGGGAGGAGAAGGAUACGUCAUGGCGAAGCUCGAGAAGACGAACUACUUCGUCGGGGGGUCGACGAUAGCGAAACAUAGCAACGUGACGAGGGGAAAGGAUUGCGGGGAGCUGUGCAAGGCGGAUUGCAGGUGCGUUGCGUCGCUCUACUCGCCGGCGUGGAAGGCGUCCCGCUGCUGGACGCUGAGGGCGCUGGAGUUCGGCGGAUUUCCCGAGCCGUCGGUGGAGUUGUACGUGAAGGUGAAGGAGGCCGAGCAGUCCCACCCGUCCCAGCCAUUGGAGACGGACUCCAGUCACUCCGAAGAGCUAGUGGAGAACGACCCCAUCAACUGGCUGGUACCUCUGACGUUGCCGCUGUCUCUGCUUCUUUACCUUUUGGUGAAUCAGAAGAGGAGAAGAAUUGAAGGAAAGGAUGAGGGGGGAGAAGGGAGCCUUACAACAGUUCCCGGCAUGCCGGUGAGCUUCUCGUUUGCGGAGUUGCAUGAGGCCACUUCAGGUUUCUCACAGCAGAUAGCCAGAGGUGGGUUCAGUUAUAUUUACAAGGGAAAGUUACAGGACGGGACCGAGGUGGCUGUGAAGCAGCUGGACGAGCGGCUGUCUCAUGGGCAGAGGAACUUCGAGGCGGAGGUUUUCACCAUCGGCGCCAUGAAUCACACCAACUUGGUCCGUCUCCACGGCUUCUGCUCGGAAGGAGCACACAGGAUUCUCGUCUACGAGUUCAUGGAGAAUGGCUCCCUCGACCAGUGGCUCUUCACUAGGGAAGACGACAAAGCAAAGCGCCUGCGCUGGAAGACGAGAUUCGAAAUCGCCAUGUCGACGGCGAAAGGCAUCGCUUACUGCCAUGAACAGUGCCGAAACUUCAUCAUCCACUGCGACAUCAAGCCCGGCAACGUGCUGCUCGACGGCAGUUUCCGGGCGAAGGUGUCGGAUUUCGGGCUGGCCAAGUUGGUGGCAGGUGGGGAGAAUCCGACGAUCUCCGUCAGGGGAACCAGGGGUUACUUGGCUCCUGAAUGGUUGAAGCACAGGCCCAUCACCGUGAAAGUCGACGUCUAUAGCUUCGGGAUGCUGCUUUUGGACCUCGUCGGUGGUCGCCGAACGAAAAACUCAGCUUCCGAUCCAGACGACUUCUACUAUCCGAUCUGGGCCUAUGAGCAAAUGAAGAAUGGCACACCAGAAGCGACGGCGGACCCGAGGCUGGAAGGGGAUGUGGACGCAGAUGAACUGAUGAGGUGCCUUCGAGUUGCCUUCUGGUGCUUACAGGAGAACGCCAGCACCAGACCUACGAUGGGGAAGGUGGUGAAGAUGCUGGAGGGGGUGGUGCCCAUCGACACCCCUGAUGUUCCCAGGUCGUUCCUCUACCUGAUGAUGGCCAACGGCGAGUUCUCUACCAAUUCUCACGGACUCAUCCAUACAACGCAUGCCACAACCACAACCAGCAUGUCUCCGGUCGAAGGAAGAUGAAUCUCUAAGGAGCCGGCAUGACGCGAAGAGCCAAGAUCGUUUUUGCCGCGGCGCUGUCGUCGACGCAGGCGUCGCCAUCAUGCAACCACCAACAGUGGCAUAUAUAUAUAUAUAUAUAUAAGAAAAAUUAUGCAGCAA